UUUGUUUGUAACAUACUCGUUUUGGUCACUUUUAGACAACUGUCUGAUGUAAUUCACGGUUUAAAAGAAAUCCAUUGCUUCUCUGAUGAAGGAAACACAUCUUAUUGUGAAACGGUCAUUGCUUCUUGUUGUCUUUUAAUAGUUGUUCAAAGUCUUAUUUACAUCAAGCAGAUGCUUUUAUCCAAAACAGCUGAUACAGAUGAGGAAAAACACAAGGAAUUAUUCAUACAGGAGCAACAAUAUUAGCUGCAUUUCAGGGAUUUGUGAUCCAGUGCACAUGAAGAAUGUGUUUGUGUCGAACGCUUGCGGGCUGAAGCCCUGACCGGGUCGACGCGCUGCAGCACAAAUCAGGCGAGCGGAUCUCUAAUGAUGCAGGGUGAGGACGGCAAGAGAAAGAAACACAGUUUGAACCCCAGAAGUGUAUCGGAGGAUUAUUGUCUGCGCGAGCGACCGAAAGAAGACGCCACAAAAAUGAAGAAUAAAGUUUCCACUUCACAAGCCGUGAGCAGUAAGAAGAAGUGGUCGUGGGAUCAGUAUCUGGAGGACAAGAGAGCUGAAGCUGCUCCUCUGCAGAUCUUCACUGAGUAUCAGACAUUUCCAAAAAGCCGGAAUGGAUUUAAGGUUGGAAUGAGGCUGGAGGGAAUCGACCCGCUUCAUCCGUCCAUGUUCUGUGUGCUGUCUGUGGCAGAGGUGAUCGGGUUUCGUCUGCGUCUCCAUAUUGAUGGUUACUCGGAGUGCUAUGACUUCUGGGUAAACGCUGAUUCACCUGACAUCAAACCAGCUGGAUGGUGUGAGUCAACAGGCCAUAAACUUCACCCACCCAAAGGUUACAAGCCACAAGAGUUCAACUGGGAGAAAUAUCUGGAGUCUUGUAACACUCAAGCCGCACCAAAGAUUUUCUUCAAAUCCCAAAGCAGUACCACAAACCCCUCGACAUUUGAAGUGGGGAUGAAGUUGGAGGCGGUGGACAGGAAGAACCUGUGUCUGGUGUGUGUCGCCAGCAUUGCAGAUAUCGUAGACAAUCGAUUCCUGGUUCAUUUUGACAACUGGGACGACACUUAUGACUACUGGUGUGACGCGAGCAGUCCUCAUAUUCACCCGGUCGGCUGGUGUCAGGAUCACGGACGGCCGCUUACUGCACCUCAGGGACACCCCAAUCCGGAGCAUUUCAUCUGGGAGGACUACAUGGAAGACACGGGUGCAUCUGCUGCUCCGAGUCAGGCGUUCUGUAUGAGAAGUCCACACGGUUUCCAGGUGAACAUGAAGUUGGAAGCGGUGGACAGACGAAACCCGAUGCUCAUCCGAGUAGCCACAAUCACUGACACCGAAGACUACAGAGUCAAAAUACAUUUUGACGGCUGGCAUGAAAAGUUUGAUUUCUGGGUGGAUUCAGAUCUGCCUGAACUUCAUCCUGUGGGCUGGUGUGCCAGGACGGGUCACCCGCUAGAACCUCCAUUGACUCACGCUGGGAUUUCUGACCUGAAGAACUCUGUGACUCAGGGCGUGUGUCCGACCCCGGGCUGCAGAGGCGUGGGACACAUUAAAGGAGCGAAACACACAGGACACCACAGUGCCUUCGGUUGCCCAUACUCUGACAUGAACAUGAAGAAAGACGUGAUGCUGCCUGACCGUCUUGGAGGAGAGAAGCAGAUCACAUUCAUCCCUGUGCAGUUUGUGCAGAAGACCAAACGCUUGUGUCCAGAUGAGGAAGCGGAGGAGGAGAAUGAAGAUGAGAAAGUUGACAACAGGGGGAUGUUAGCGGGGUAUGACGGGGCACCUCGUCUGCGCGGUCGACCCCCAGUGGUGAAGAGAGAACAUAAAGAAGAACCUUUGACUCAGGGACAAAAACCGCUGUCACCCCUCGCCAAGAGAGGCCGUUUACCCAGCAGACUCUCACAGUCAGCGAAAUAUCUGCGCAUCAAAGAUGAGGAGGAGGACGACAUUGAUGUGAACAGUGUCAUUUCAGAGCGUAACAUGGACAGUCUCCAGCAGGCUCUGCAUCAGUCGGUGUUUCUGUCGGCAAUGUCGGCUCACCCGUCUCGUGACCUGCCGCUGUGUUGGGAGCAACACUGUAAACUGCUGCCGGGUGUGGCGGGCGUUCAGGCCAGUCGUGUCGCCCACUGGAGUAUAGAGGAGGUGGCUGAUUUUAUUCAUUCUUUACCGGGCUGUGAAGAGCAGGCCAAACAGUUCAGAGAGGAGCAAAUCGACGGGAAGGCAUUUCUGCUGUUGACGCAGCGAGACAUCGUCAAGAUAAUGAGUGUGAAGCUCGGCCCCGCCCUCAAGAUCUACAACUCCAUCCUGAUGUUCAGACACGCCGAGGAUAGCCAAUCAGCAGGCAGCGACACUAACACAUGAAGCUGAACCAAUGUAGCUCCGCCCCCCUCGUAUGUAUGUGAAACACAGAUAUCUGCUGUAUUGAUGCAUUCCGACACCUCUCGUGCCCUAAAUGCCCUCCGUUAGUGCUACUCACCCGUACGGCCUCUGACCCCAGCUUUCAGGUUCCACAGCCCGGUUCUGCCUUUAAACAGACGUAGUUGACCAUCGCCUCCUCGCUCCGCUGUAGUUUUUAAAGUUCAACGACGUGACAAUCAAACAAACGACAAACAAACGCAGCGAUUGUCAUCAGUGACAUCAGGGUUUCUUAGUCACGGUGCUAUUUGUAUUCGAACACGAAAACAGGUGAACAGAAACACUUCACAGGACUAUGAACAAAUAUGUUGACUUUAAAGGGAUAGUAAUUCUGUCAUCAUUUACUCACCCUAAUGUCGUUCUAAACCAGUGUGAACACAACAGGUACAUUUCUGAAGAAUAUUCUCAACACUUCUAUGGAGCUUGGCCGUGUCAGUCCCCAUAUACUUUUAUUAAAUCGAGAAGAGUGGCCAGGGUUUAAUUUUUAAAAAUCGCCUUAUUUGUAUCUCACAGAAGAAAGAGUCUCCCAUGGUGAGUAAAUGAUGACCAAAUUUUCCUUUUUGGAUGAAAAAUCCUUUCAAAAAUCUGAGAUUUGUGCCCCUGCUGUUACCAAUUUAAUUCUGUUUUGUAUAGCUCUGAUUUUGUUGUACCUACUGAAUCUAAUCUUUAUUUAUUGUGCAAAAUGAAAUUACGAAUGUUUGCACAGUGAAGGAUAAUAUAUUGUAUGUCAUAAAUUUCAAAAUGCCAAAAGGAUUUGUUUUAAAUUGAAGUGUUUAUUUUUGUGAUGUAUUGCACAGAGAGAGGCGAGAAUUAGAUGAAUCCCCAUUUAUGUUUAAGAUAAUAUUCUAAAAUACUUUAUUGGAGUGUCAUUUGUGUGAUCUGUGCGCUCUCACUGGCUUCAUUCUAAAGCGUAUUGUGUUGCUUUUGUCUGCUGUUUUGCUUGGGCGGUCUUAAACGAAAGAUCACGUGUUAUCUGAAUUCUCGUUUUGCAUCAGGGGAUUUUCUCAUGAUUAUUUAAAAACUUCACAUAAUGCACAAAGCAAUCUAUAUAUUUGCUAAGAAUUUGAAAUCUGUGUGACUUCUUGUAUUCGUCUAAUUUUCAAUAUGUGUAUUUAAAUUUCGCCAAACGUCAACCAAACUUGAAGAAUGUAAACCCAUCUUCCGACGUUUUCACCACUACUUUCAUCUGUUUAUUUUCUGUCUCACAUCCCCCAAUAUGAAGAUGAUCCAUUUUAUUUUAUUCCAUACAGUAGUAUUUGUUCACUGCUGUUUGAUGGAUUUGUUGCUCUCAGUUCUAACUCACACUUUGUACAACAGAUUUCAUUCAUCAGCACCAAAUAAACAGUGCAAAUCUCUUUCAGUCA